UACAGUGUCACCGCCUUCUUGCGCAGUCGUGUCCGUAAAAGUCAACAAAAUCGAAUCGCUUCACACUGGCGGCUGACCAUUUGUGAGCAGUUUUAAAAAGCCACACGCGUAUUGAAUACUAACCAUCGGAGGGAAAGCUGAAUUCGCGCUCACUUUUUUUCUAAACACCUUUCUCAAAAUUAUUUUCCGGGUUUCUUAACCAUGUAAAACGGGAUAUCGAUCGCUUUUUUGAUAGUACUUAAUUCGGCAACUGGUGAGAUUUGGACCUUUAAAUCCGCCCUCCUAUUACGUGCAUGAAAUCAUUCUCGGUACUCAGUAGUGUGUGCGCGCGGUGCUGCUAACCACAGUCUAAGACUUGCUCAGCGGCCAGAUCGACGUAAAUUUUGUUUCGCCUUAGUGGAUACGACCAAAAUCGAUUAUUGCCAUAUAGACCACCUGAGUGAACUCCUAUUAAUAUACUCCAGAUUUUUACUGAUUGUUAUUGCGGUCGGAGUGGGAAGAGGGUAGAAGAUCAUCAUCGUUAAAAGAGCUAUUAUAUUCCGUCUGGAGUACUUACAUUGCAAAAUCAAACUUGAUGUAUACAUUCUGCUCGGCGGUUAUACUAUGUUUCUUGCGGUUGUUGCCAAGGUGUAUUACCUUGUGGCAGCAAUUAUCACAUUAACAAAUUGUGUGUUCUCGCAAUAUCCGCCAAAUUAUAAUCAUCAAAUUGUUGUGCGCGUAGAAGGCGGUUCGGAUACUGCGAGGAAUUUGGCAGCCACACAUGCGCUAAACUACGUCGGACAGGUGGGGUCACUUGAGGAUUACUACCUGCUAGAAUUUCCGAACCGUAUUCACAAAAGAUCUACCGAUAAUGCCUUUGCAAAACUGGAACGAGAAUCACAAGUACAGUGGAGCGCUCGGCAAGAAGUCAAAAAACGAGUCAAACGAGACCUACAAUCAGAGGAGCAUCCAUCAGAAAAUCUCCAGAUGGGUCAGUGGCAGGAUCCGUUUUAUACUCAACAGUGGUAUUUGCGCAAAGGGGGGCGAGCAGGAUUUGAUAUGAAUGUCGAGAAAGCAUGGAAGCGCGGACUGUCUGGGAAAGGAAUCUCUAUCAGCAUAUUAGAUGAUGGACUGCAAUGGCGUCAUCCAGAUCUCAGACCGAAUUACGACCAGCUGGCCAGUUUGGACAUUAACGGGCGCAGUUUCGACCCCACACCGACGGAUGAUGGCAACAACAAGCAUGGUACAAGGUGUGCCGGCGAAAUUGCAGCAGUAGCCGGAAACAAUAUUUGCGGAGUUGGCGUGGCAUUCAACGCCAGUAUUGGAGGUGUCAGAAUGCUUGACGGCGAGGUAACCGAUCAUGUCGAAGCAACCGCCCUCAGCGUGAACCCGCAGCAUGUACACACUUACAGCGCUAGUUGGGGACCCGAUGACGAUGGCCAGACCGUUGAUGGUCCUGGACCGCUGGCAAGACAAGCGUUUGAGAAUGGCAUAAAAUACGGUCGGCAAGGUUAUGGCUCCAUUUACGUCUGGGCUUCGGGAAACGGCGGGAAAAACGAUGACAGCUGCAGUUGCGACGGUUACGCUAACAGCCUGUAUACCAUCAGUGUCAGCAGUGCAGCACAAGAUGGUUCCAAACCAUGGUAUUUAGAAGAGUGCCCGUCGACCCUGACCACGACGUACAGCAGCGGAAAUUCCUGGCAGCCGGCCGUCGUGACCACCGAUCUGGACACACCGGGCAACCAGCGGCGUGCGUGCACCAACCAGCAUACCGGCACGUCGGCUUCCGCGCCGCUAGCGGCGGGGAUCAUUGCGCUGGCCUUAGAAGCCAAUCCCAAAUUAACAUGGCGCGAUAUGCAGCACUUAAUGGUGCGCUCGUCCAAUCCCAAGCCGUUACUGGAUGACUGGAUCGUUAACGGAGCUAAUAGACAAGUGAGCAAUAAAUUCGGUUAUGGUCUACUGGACGCCGACAAGCUUGUUGAGCUCGCCGCUUCAUGGACGACUUCCGCUCCUCAGCAUGUGUGUCGGACGCAAAAUGAUUCAACACCUCAUGUGGCAAUAAAUAACGAAAUCCUUACUGAGCUGUACACCGAUGGAUGCGCCGAUUCCGGCAACAUCAUCGGUCGGCUGGAGCAUGUCCAGGCUGUGCUGACCAUUCAAGCCGCCCGGCGCGGCAACAUCCGCGUCACCCUCACCUCGCCCAUGAACACGACGAGUAUUCUCCUUCCGCGCCGCUCCUUGGACGCUAGUCGUGCCGGCUUCACCAACUGGGCCUUCACCAGCGUCCAGUUGUGGGAUGAGGAUCCGCGCGGGACAUGGCGACUGCACAUUGAAUACCUCAACGAUCUGACGAUCCGCUACGGGCAGUUUGGAUCGUCCAUCGCCGCGGUGCCUACGGUGCUCAAAUCUUUCACACUGGUCCUCUACGGCACAGAGAAGCCGUACAUCGUCAGUCGCCAGAGUGUCCCGGCUCCGGGAGAUGCUUUUGAUACGCAUCAGCGUUGGACGAAAGAACUAGUCAUGGCGGAACAUUCCAGUGUGGGAGCGGUAGCAAGGGUGGGGUUUUCUUGGUUACUUUCUGUGAUAUUAGGGCUCUUUCUUAUACUAAAGAGUCUAUGAUACAUUGACUGCAGGUUUUUGUAAUGGUUAUUUUGCGUGCUGUAGAUAGUUUUGUUCGUUUGAUCUCUUUUGAGUAUUUUAAUAUUUUCAACAGCGUUAACGUUGAUGUCUUCAAGAAUAGAGCCGUUUGAUUUUUUGGCUAGAACCGAUAAUGUUAUGCCGGAAACUGGUAUUACUGGUCUCGUGGAUGUUCCCCACGAAUUAAUUAAAAGAAUAUUUAUAUAA